AUGCUGGGGACGGUGAAGAUGGAAGGGCACGAAGCUCCGGACUGGAGCGGAUACUACAGCGAGGAGGUGUACUCUCCAAUGACAGGCAGUGGAAUGGGUUCUGGUCUCGGGAUGGGAUCCAUGUCCGGUUACAUGUCCAGCAGCGGGACCACAUCAGGCUCUUUCAAUAUGUCAUACAGCGGUACGGGUCUGAGUCCAGCCCCGGUCGGAGGGAUGGGUGGCUCGGCACCGUCGACCAUGUCCGGUCUGGGCGGGGGUGUGGCCUCCAUGGGUGGGGCCCUGAGCCCGUCCAGUAUGACCUCGGUGUCGGCUCAGCAGGCCUCCAUGGGCCUGAACCCGUACGGCGGUAUGAGCCCCACCAUGAGCCCCGGCAUGGCGUACGGCGGCGGCGGGCUGAACCGAGCCCGCGACAACAAGGCGUUCAGACGGAGCUACCCGCACGCCAAACCGCCCUACUCCUACAUCUCGCUCAUCACCAUGGCGAUCCAGCAGGCGCCCAGUAAGAUGCUGACACUGAGCGAGAUCUACCAAUGGAUCAUGGACCUGUUCCCGUACUACCGGCAGAACCAGCAGCGCUGGCAGAACUCCAUCCGGCACUCGCUGUCCUUCAACGACUGCUUCGUGAAGGUGUCGCGCUCGCCGGACAAACCGGGGAAGGGUUCGUACUGGACCCUGCACCCGGAUUCUGGGAACAUGUUCGAGAACGGCUGCUACCUGCGUCGCCAGAAGAGGUUCAAGUGCGAGAAGAAGAUGUCGACGAAGUCGGACGGCAGGAAGGAGCAGGGGGGCGGUGGAGCGUCUCCUGCGGCGGACGCCAUCAAACCUCCGGGACUCCUGGACUCUUCCUUGCCGUCCUCCAGCCAGGCGGCCUCUCCACCAGGCCUGGACCUGCGGGGCGGUGUGGGGUCGGACCUAAAGGUGUCUGGUUCCCAGCUGCUGUCCUCGCUGUCGCUGCCCCCCCACUCCAUGGCCCACGAAUCGCAGCUACACAUUAAAGGCGACCCGCACUACUCCUUCAACCACCCGUUCUCCAUCAACAACCUCAUGUCAUCAUCGGAGCAGCAGCACAAACUGGACCUGAAGGCCUACGAGGCGCUGCAGUACUCCUCCUACAAUGCCGGCGGGGCGUCCGGCCUUGGGGGCAGGACCAUGGAGCCACUGGAGGCCUCCUACUACCAAGGGGUGUAUCCCAGACCGCUGCUCAACACCUCGUAG